AUGAGUUGGGAACAUCAGACAAGUUACGAAGGGAGUGAUCGAGGAUGGACCCCACAAUUUGCAGAAGAUUAUUCUAUGUUCAACACAACUCCUGGACGUCUUGUCAAUGGGCAACGGCCGUUUGUUGAUACUUCAACAGUACAAGCAUUGUCAUGCUUCAACCAAAAUGCACAAUUCCAUGUUGAAGACAUGGUGACUGAUUUGGGAAUGCAUAUGUACCAAUUGUCACCAGAUCCUGCUCUUGCAAUAUCUCCUGCCACAUCUCCCAACAAACAAGUUUCUUCUACUACUGCCCCUCAAUCUGUCUCCAGAGCAAGAUUUAGUGAUGUUUUCAAGACACCCCUAAAGCCAAACAAAAGAUUGGAUGCUCCUUUCUGUGCUCAAAAUGCUACAACUCCACAAUCUGCUGGAAAAGGUACCAGGAAAUUAGACCCAAAAAUAUUCACCAUACCGCAUAAUGCUCAAGCCCAAAGCAAUGGCUUUGAAGCUCCUAACACAAAUAAUCACCAUCUUCAACUGAUGGCACAAUCCUCAAUAUCUAUGGAUCCAUUUGUUUACCCUAUGUCUGCGCCAGCAUCUACUCCUUUCUAUGCCAGUAAUAAAGCAAUGUGGGAUGCUAGUAUGGAUGGCAUGGAUUUGGAUUUCUGGACUGAUUCAGCGGGUAUCUUUCACAAAGGCCAUAGACCUAGCAAUGCUAGUGAUUGGGAACGAGGCAGUCAGAUGUUUCAAGAGUCUAUGAAUUCACCUCCUCAAAAAUCAACCGAACCCAAAGCUGAACCUGAACCCCGCAAACGACACAGACCAAGAGCCUCAAAAUCAUCCUUCCCAACAACCUCAGCAUUACCUACAUCACCUCCAUUUUUGGCCUUCAGCAGUGCAACAGUAACUCCAAACUCAAUAGCGAUGGAGGGUUUCCCCAGUGCUGUGAAUCCUGAUUUGAUUUGCACUCGACCCAAUACAGGCAAUAUGUUUCAAGGAGAAUAUGAAGAUAUAAUUAAACCCGCGCCAAGAGUAGCUACAGCUACAAGCCCAAUCCGAAAUUUAGAGGUCCAGCCGUAUCAACACCAGAUUCGAGAAUAUACUCGCGAACAAGAGGAACUUCGUCGAUCUCCAAGUUUUAGAGAGAGUAGUCUUGGGUAUCGAGCUGCCAGCUCACCUGUCAAGGGUUCCGCACGACCUGGUCUUAAACGGAGUAUCAGUGAGAGCAGGGAUGAACUGAAUCAAGAACUCCGGCGCUUCAAUUCUGAACGUUUGUCACCUACAAAGCAACAGCGUCAACCAAGUCUUACUUCUAUCCCUGAAUCUCCAGUCACAUUACCAAAACUUCGACGAGAUGUAAAACUCGCUGUCGGCAGCAACGGUCGAGCUACUGUAGUCAUUGAUGAACCAGCCAAAAAAUUACGACGAUCGUCAUCUCAAGUUAUCGAUUAUGAGUCGGGAUAUGAUACCUCCGAUGACGAACCAAUCAUUAUUACAAGUCGAAAUAAUUCCUUCAAACUACCACAACAAAAGCCACUAAAAUUUGGUUUAUUCGACACUUCUUCUACUGACUUUCAAAGGCCUAGCACGAGUACAAGUGGCUAUAGCCGGUCUACAGGUCAGCACACAAGUAUCGAUGAGAUGAGUGAGGCAGAGACAGUGUUCGAUAAGGUCAAGACCGGAGAUGCAGCUUCUGCCUUACGGAAAGUUGUUAGAGAGCGCCGGAGCAAUCAACAAAUGCCAAAGAACGGGAGAUAUCAGAGCAUGGUAACCCCUAGAGCAGGUCGCUAUGCAGAGUACACCUCUUCAUCUAACAACUCCCCCGAUGGGACGACGCCAUCCAGCUCGAGAAGUGGCGAUAUUCGGUGUGUUUGCAGGACUACCGUUGAUGAUAGCCCCUUAUCAAUUCAGUGUGACUCUUGCGAGUAUUGGCUGCAUGGAGAAUGCGUCGAUUUACCACCAUACCCGAUGCCUCUUCCAGAAAUUUACAUCUGUCCCUUUUGUGCUCAAAUGCCAAAAAUGCGCAAUGACUGUAUGAGAGAGUCUGGAAGAGACAAGAGAAAUCUGCCGUCUUCUCCUCUUGCUCAUAAAUCUUUCAGAUCAUUUCGUCGAUGA